GCCGCAUGAGUUCAUUAUCCCAACCCGUCGAUAUGAAGCCGCCUUCACUUCACUCUGCACGUGCCAAGAAUUAUCUCACAUUCCAGCCACCAACACAGUGGUCGACUUCUCGACCACCAUCGUUCACGACGGCUUCUACCUUCCAUUAUCACAAACGCCUCUUUGCGCAGCUAGCAGUCAUGGGUCUUCUCGCAGGCAUUCUCACCGCGUGUUUUGCGAUAAUUAUGCUCUUCGAGCCCCUUCACGCCGUCUACAUCCCUGGUCCAAAUGAUGCGCAUGUUUACACGACUGCCGUUGCCAACUUCCCACUUAUCAAUGCUGCAAACCAAGAGCUGGAGGUGAGCCUCUUCAUGCCAGUGCACAAGGCAGACUGUUCGUCCGAGUGCGACAAGCUGUACAUGCCAGCUGGCACUGCGCGCGAGUCCGAUGCGCAGUUCUUUGGAAACACGAGCGACAGUGUCUUCGACAAGAUGAAGUACAAGGCUUGCUGUGGCAGUAGUAAGACCAUUGAUGCUUCUAAGGUUCCGCUAGUGUUCCUGGAACCUCAAGUUGGUACUAGCCGCUUCUUGUACAGCACAUUAGCCCGGUUCAUGAGCGCAAACGGCCAGGCUGUAGCAAUCAUCGACCAUCCUGAUGUUCCCGCCAACAACGGCUCAGCCAGCCUCGAUCCAUUCAAGGACCUCAAGGUCUGGGAUGAGAUGGUGACGAAGACCGUUGAUGCGCGCAUUCAGAACAUCAAGUUCGUGUUGCAGGAGCUCGGCGACGUCAAUCUUCUGCAGCGUCAGUUCCCUUCCAUCAAGUUCAGCGCUGCGUUCGACUCGGAGUCUUACAGCAUUGUCGGUCAUGGUAUCGGCGGCUCAACUGCGACAACACUUAGCACCCUAGACCCUCGCGUUCGGUUCUCGAUCAACCUCUCCGGCAGCGCGCCGCUCUUGCAAGAUCCCACCUACGCCACCGUCUACUUCUUCGGCCGCUCUGACUUCCGCCGUGAGAACGACAUUCACUGGCCCACUACAUGGAAGUAUCUAGCCGGUAGGGUUACAGAGUGGGAUUUCAAGAACGCGGGCAUCUUCGACUUCUCAGACCUUCCAUGGAUUGUCGACCUAGCGCGCAAAGACGAGAUGAUUACUAUCGAUGGCGUCAAGGGUCUGCGAGACUCUUUGGGUCCUUUCGGCUUCCAUGUCAACGCCUGCUAUCUAGAAGCGUACCUCAAGGCUGAGCUGACCGAGCCCAAGUACGGUUAUGUUGGAGACUGUUUUCGUAUCUUCGAUCAGAUGCAGCCAUACCCCGGAGGUGUUCACUAAGUGGUAUGAGAUGCCAGCAUGAAUUGACAGUUUAUUGCCUGCACUUCCUAAACUUUGAGGUCGGUCUCAGCGCGAAUGUACGGAGAAUACAACGAUACAGAUAGGAUUUGGUCUGGUUUGAACACAAUUUACGUCUUUUGGAAUGUAGACAAGAAUCCUUACCAAAUGAACGCAACGAGAAUAAUACCCUUAUGUAUUGCGGACCACCCCAUGUCAUCCAUAAGGUUGUGUAGCGCUUCUCAUUUGAUUCCAACG